UCGUCGUCUCGCCGUUGCCAAUAUGGCGCCGCCGGCAAAGAGUGUCGAUGAGCUGGUGCAACAUAUUUCGUUACACACGCGAAAACCAUUCCUCUUGGAUGGCUGCGUGAGCCCGUUCUUGACUUUAUACACAGCGUGGCUGUACCUGUGGACGUGCGUGUAUGGUGUGUCUGAGUACUACGAAGCUGGACUAAUCGCGCUCGCCUGCCUCGGCGUCGUGCACAUACUGACGUGCUUGUUUUGUCACUGGUCGGUGCACGUUCGCUGCCUUCUGUCCUGCAGCAGGGAAACAAACCCAACGAAGGCAGUGCUUGCAAAAGUCGUGCCCACACCCAACAAUGGCUCAGCGGAGCUGGUCUGCCUUCAUGUGGACAUGGUGCCAGGUGAAGAGGAACCGUCAGUGUGGUUUCUCUUCCAGAAGACAAAGUACCUGUACAGCUUUGAGCGCAAGGCCUUCCGGGGGAUCGAGUUCCCCACAGGGAUGCCCCUGCGCCACUACCAGGAGUGCAAGGGCUACGUGGAUGACGCCGACCUGGCAGCGGCCGAACGCCAAUACGGCAAGAACGACUUGGAGCUGGAGGUGCCUGAGUUUGGUGCGCUGUUCAAGGAGCGUGCCACGGCGCCCUUCUUUGUGUUCCAAGUGUUCUGCGUGGCACUGUGGUGCCUGGAUGAGUUCUGGUACUACAGUGUGUUCACCCUGUUCAUGCUGGUUGCAUUUGAGUGCACCCUGGUGCAGCAGCAACUGCGCAAUCUUUCCCUAAUCCGCAAGAUGGGCAACAAGCCGUAUAUGAUCCAGGUCUACAGAAACAGGAAGUGGAGACCUAUUCUAAGCUGCGAUCUCAUUCCCGGUGACAUUGUGUCUAUAGGUGAGUCUCUGAACCAAAUUUGGCGCUCUUGCAUGCUCAAUCAGUGUCGUGCGUGUGCCUCACAGGAGCCCGUGGAGGAGCUGGAUCCGGAACAGCUGCUGGACAUGGAGGCGGACGGCCGGCUGCAUGUGCUCUUCGGAGGCACCAAGGUGCUCCAGCACACACCCCCUGCCAAGGCCAGCACAGGACUCAGGCCCUCGGACAAUGGUUGUGUGGCAUACGUGCUGAAGACAAGCUUUGGCACGGCCCAGGGCAAGCUGCUGCGCACCAUCCUGUUUGGAGUCAAGCGGGUGACAGCCAACAACCUCGAGACAUUUGCAUUCAUCCUGUUCUUGCUUCUGUUUGCUGUUGCUGCCGCCUCCUAUGUUUGGAUCAAAGGUACUGAGGACCCCACACGCAACCGCUACAAGCUGUUCCUGGAGUGUGCACUGAUCCUCACUUCGGUGGUGCCCCCUGAGCUGCCCAUCGAGCUCUCCCUGGCUGUGCACACCUCGUUGCUUGCAUUGACCCGACUCGGGGUGUACUGCACGGAGCCCUUCCGGAUCCCAUUUGCUGGCAAGAUUGAAAUCUGCUGCUUUGACAAGACUGGGACACUCACCUCGGACAGUCUCGUUGUUGAGGGCAUAGCAGGGCUCAAGGGGUGUCCCGAGAUCUGUGCCGUCUCGGAGGCUCCUGCUGAGAGCAUCCAGGUGUUGGCCUCCUGUCAGUCCUUGGCCCAGCUGGAUGACGGCCUGGUGGGCGACCCAUUGGAGAAGGCCACGCUCACUGCCAUUGAGUGGAACCUCACAAAGGGAGACUGUGUGGUUCCCAGGCGGGGUCGUGCCCCCGGCCUGAAAAUCUUCAGCCGCUUCCACUUCAGCAGUGCCCUCAAGCGCAUGUCGGUGGUGGCAGGCUUUGCGGCCCCUGGGGCAAUGGAGACCACCUACAUUGCGGCCGUUAAGGGUGCCCCCGAGACCCUGAAGGGCAUGUUUGCCCGUGUUCCCGAGGACUAUGACGAGGUGUACCUGCGGAUGUCGCGCCGUGGUGCCCGAGUGCUGGCCAUGGGACGCUGUGUGUUGGGACAAUUGAGUCAUCAGCAGGUGCGAGACCUUACACGGGAUACAGUAGAGCGGAACCUGGACUUUGUUGGAUUUCUAGUGAUUUCAUGCCCACUCAAAAGUGACUCCCUCACCGUCAUCAAGGAGAUCCAGGCCUCCAGCCAUCAUGUGUGCAUGAUCACAGGUGAUGCACCGCUCACCGCAUGCCACGUGGCCCAAGAGCUCAACUUCAUCUCCUCUCAACAAGCGACGCUCAUCCUCACAGAGUGCGGAGACGAUAGAUGGGAGUGGGUUAGCAUUGACGAGGCUGAGCGAAUUCCCCUGGACGAGUCGCUGAGUGAUCACAGUCUUUGUGUCAGAUACAACCUCUGCAUCACUGGUGAGGGCUUGGCCUACCUGACAGCUACAGCCAAUAGCUUCCUGAGGAGGAUGCUGCCCCAUGUCCGAGUGUUUGCCCGUGUCGCGCCAAAACAAAAGGAGCAAGUGAUAACAGCACUCAAGAGCCUCGGAUUCUUUACCCUCAUGUGUGGCGAUGGGACCAACGAUGUGGGUGCCUUGAAACAUGCCCACGUAGGAGUGGCCCUCCUGGCCAAUGCGCCGGUGCCUCAGGGCAAGCGCAAGAAAGACGAGGUCGCCGCGGACUCGGCAGACGGCGUACCAGAUGCGGUGAGCUCCCGCUUGGAGGCCAUGGCCGCCCGCGGUCGCCCGGGGAAACGGCCCGAUGGCAAGCCCACUGCAGGGCCCCGACCAGGAUCUCGAGCUGACAAGAUGGCAGACGCCCAGAGGCAGCUACAGAAGCUGCUCAAGGACCUGGAGGAACAGGACCAGGCACAGGUGGUCAAGCUCGGUGAUGCUAGUGUUGCAGCACCUUUCACCUCCAAGCUGUCCUCCAUCCAGUGCAUCUGCCACGUGAUCAAGCAGGGCCGGUGCACGCUAGUGACGACCCUGCAGAUGUUCAAGAUCCUAGCGUUGAACGCUCUGGUGCUAGCAUACAGCCAGAGUGUGCUCUACCUGGAUGGCAUCAAGUUCAGCGACACGCAGGCCACACUGCAGGGGCUCCUCCUGGCGGGAUGCUUCUUCUUCAUCUCGCGUUCAAAGCCUCUGAAGGUCCUUUCCCACGAGCGUCCAUUGCCCAACAUCUUCAACGCGUACACCCUGCUGACAGUGCUACUCCAGUUUGCAGUGCACUUUGCCAGCCUUGUCUACCUCGUCCAGGAGGCUACUGCACGAUCACCACCUCGGCCUGAGAAAUUUUCUGAUCGGGACGACGAGUUCAAGCCGUCCCUCCUAAACAGCACUGUGUACAUCAUAUCCAUGGCGCUGCAGGUGUCUACGUUUGCCAUCAACUAUAGGGGCUACCCAUUCAUGGAGAGGCUGAGCGAAAACAAGCCACUGCUGUACAGCCUGCUCAUAUCGGGUGUUUCAGUCGUUGCCCUCGUGGCUGGCGUGGCACCAGAUGUGGCCAAGCAGUUUGAAAUAGUCCAGUUUCCUGGAGAUAUGCAGCGGAUCAUUCUGCAAGUGCUGGCCUUCGACCUUGUCUGCGCAUUUGUUGUUGAUCGCGCCUGUCUUUUUAUCUUCGGCCAGGCGAAGCUGCGCAACUCUUGAGCGAUGUGUGAAGUGCAGUGGCCUUCCCGCAUAAGCCACGAAGAAUGCAUGCUUUGUUUCCUCUCCAACA